AUGUUCCUGGUCUCUCUCGUUCUAGGCGCUGGGACGAUCGCUGUAUUCCUCCUGAUCUCGUACAACAGCAUUCACCGUGUUCUGUCAUCGCCACCUGUUCCACCCGGACCACCUGGACUUCCUGUGCUGGGAAAUCUAUUCCAACUUCCAAAAGCCAACAGUCACUUGAUUUUUGCAGAAUGGUCAAGAAGAUAUGGGGAUAUGAUGACUCUGACGGUUCUUGGCAAGCCAAUCAUUGUGCUGAACUCGGCCAGAGCAGUCACGGAGGUGCUGGAGAAAGGUGCUUCGGCAAGUGCAGGAAGGCCCCAGCUAGUUAUGGCACACGAACUGGUGGGACUCGGGAAGCUUCCAACAUUGACCUCGGACGUGUCGAUGCAUCGAAAGUAUCGCCGCCUGUAUGCAAGAGCCUUGAAUAGUACUGCGUGCCAGAAUUACUGGGACAUCCAGUUGAGGGAGAUGCGGCGAGGUGUUCUCCAACUACUUGAGGGGAGGGAAGACCCUGUAGAGGCGAUUAUGCAGAGCGUCGGAAGCAUCAUUUCCGAAGUGGUAUACGGACAUCGCCUUACCGGCCCGGAUGACGAAUUUCUGGUUACAGCGCGGAAGGUCUUGCUGAUAUUUGAGCGAGUGAUACGACCCGGCGCUUUCAUUGUUGACACCCUGCCAUUUUUAAAGCACUUACCGGAUUGGUUUCCUGGUGCGAGUUUCAAGAUAACGGCGCGACAAUGGCGGGAAACCGCGGAUGAGUUGCGGCAGACUCAUUUGCAAAAGGUGCAGCGAGAGAUGGAAGCAGGAACCGCCCAGCCAUGUUACGUGUCGAACAUUCUUUCCAGACCACAAAUACUAGAGCAUGUUGGAUUCGACGAGCUGGUGGAGCUCGUGAAGUACAGCGCAGGAACAUUGUACGGAGCAGGAGCCGACACGACACUUGCGACACUCGAGAAUUUCCUGGUAGCAAUGUUGUUGUUUCCCAAAGUGUGGGAGCGUGGUCGAGAAGAGAUUGAGCGCGUAAUCGGACAAGAACGCUUGCCCAAGAUGCAAGACCGAGCCAUGUUACCAUAUUGUCAAGCAAUGGUCCAAGAGAUCCUUCGGUGGAGGCCUGUUGUUCCACUUGGCAUUCCCCAUGCGAUGCUCGAGGAUGGCCUCUAUUCUGGUUACCGAUUUCCGCGCGGGACGACAGUUAUCGCAAGCAUUUGGUCAAUGACCCACAAUAGCAAAAUAUACCCGCACCCAGAGGAGUUUCGACCAGAACGUUUCCUAUCCGACGACGGAACAAGAGUCUUGGAUGGCGGACGGGAGGCCUUUGGAUUCGGACGACGCGUGUGUCCAGGUCAACAUCUUGCCGAGGCGUCGGUGUUCGCGUUCAUUAUAACGUUUCUUUGGGGAGCGAACAUGACGGGGAGCUCCUCUUUCGACGGUACUGUGAUAUAUGAGACGGGCGCUGUGAAUCGUCCCAAGGAGAUACCAUGCCAGAUCCAAGUGAGAUCAGAACAAUGUCUUGAUAUGCUACAGGCGUCUUUGUCAAAUUGAGUCUGGAGUGACAUCAAUCAUAGACUGGAGAGGAUAGGCAUAAGAAUACAAGAGAAUGAGUGCACAGUGAGCCCACGCUAUCAUCCGAAGGAUGUACCGCUUGGCCCAAAACAGAUGCGAGGCUGUCAGCAUGUGAGCGGCCAGCACAGGUCAACGAUGCAAUAAAUCCAGAGAAAUGGCUGGUAUUCGGGGAAAAGACUGGAGGGGUCGAAACGUUUGUAGAUUAAUAACCCCCGUGAUGAAAGGGCCUUGUCCGUCCGUUUAGAGUCUCUUGUGGGUCUUCGCCUUCCUGAUCGGGGGGACCACCAAUCAUACACAUCUGUUGUGCUGG